AUGUCCAAAGACCCGGACCGGCUGCCCAAGUUUCUGUACGACCAGAUCCCGAGCGAGAUCUCCAACUCCGGGGCUCUCAACAGCAGGAUCAAGGCGUCCAAGGACUCGCCGUACUCCCGAGCCAUCCCCACCAAGCCUGCCAAAUCCCAGCAUAUCGCUCCCUCCUCUUUGACCCUAGACACCUCCAUCAACCGAAUUGCGCCCUCCAACAUCCCUAUCAAGGUUUCUCACGACGCGCGCAGCCUCGAAGUGCCCAAGAGAGAGCCCGGCGCCGAGAACCAGCCGCUUUACGGACAAGUCAACGAAAAGCUCUCAGCUAUUCUUAGUGCACCGGAAGAGUCUGAUGAAAACCAGUUUUCCUUCGAGACCCCGCAGCCAGAUCAGUCACAGACUCAGUUUCGGGUGUCGAGACGAAUAUCCCGUGGGUUCCAUUCGAAUAGCUCGUCUAUUUCGUGGAAUGUAAGCAACCCUGAAGAAUGGACUUUGGAGAAUAUAACCGUUUGGUUCAAGACACACGAGUUUAAUGAGAGCUGGAUCGAUCUGUUUACAAACGAACGGCUUGCUCAGAAUGAAUUUCUUAAGUUGCAGUCGUACGACGAACUCAAGAAGUACAUCCCGUUCCUGGUGACUGACGAUAACUCCACACCCAGCAGAUUUAUUCAGUUGUUGCGCAAGACCCUGGGAAAAGCGUCUAUGCCCAAAUUGGAGCCUCCGAGUCCGACAAUCUCACUGAUUUCUGGCUCUUCGUACGACUCGUCGCUCGACCAAACCGCAGAGGCCGACCGGUCGGGCGAGCAUCGCACUCUGGGAGAAAAACUGCAGCCUGUUGCGUCUGCUCCGCCAUUGGCGGUUGAAGAGCCGGGCACCGCGCCAUUGUACACCAGCGACAAAGACUCUGUCCCGAAACCGCGCCCGUUGUCUACGAUUGAGGACUCGUCUAGCCAGUUGUACAACACAAACUCAGACAGCCACCAUUCGAAGCCGUUUUUCAAAAGACACCAGAAAAACAGCUCUUCCGAGUCGUCUUUCUUCACCACCAUGUUUGGCAACCAUCCGACUGGGACUAGUGGUCCGCCGCCACCGUCUUCAAACACACAGUCGGCCAGCACGCCGGUGGUAGAGUCUUUCCAAAAAAGACACGAACGAACAAGCUCCCGAGGUUCCAUCAACGAGUCCACCACUCCGAAAAACAUAUUCAACAAGUUCUUUGGCAAGUCGCGCACAGACUAUACGUUCCCGAAAGCGCCAAAGUCAACAGACUCGCCGAUCAGCCCAGCAUCUGCCCAUGGUUCUAUGAAAAAGCCUAAUGAUCGCAAGAACUCGCACGAGAAGUCGUUCAUGGUCGGGAAGCAAAAGAAUAUCGACUCCAAGUUCGAGAAGCUGGGACCAGUCGGCAAGAAACCGUCUCCGAUUGGAGUGACGAUCCCUGUGGUGACAAAAUCGACUCUGCACUCGAGAGAGUCGUUGUCCUCGUCUGCCACCACCAUAGUUCCGCCCGCAAAGUCGCCGUUUGUGCUUGACCAGAAGUUCCGGCCUGUUCCACGCAACAACCGCGACGUUUUUGUACUGAUUUCCAAGGACAACAUCACGUUCACGCGGCUGGAUGCUGCCAAGUUUGACGAUAUCGACAAGUUUAAGAAGAGAAUUCUUGCUGUACUCAACAUGAAGCCGUUUUUCAAAUCAGAGUUUUGCUUAACUGGGUUUAAUAGCGACCCAGGAACACCACUGGACGAUGAGACGUUUGCCGAGUUGAUGAAACACAAGUUUUUUGGCGAGACCAUGAAGAUCCUGGUCGUCCAGAAAGGUCUUGAGCGCAACAGCAGUAUGCUGUCCACAUACUCGUUCCACUCUUUGACCAGCGACAACUCGUUCGAACGCGUCAACCAGACACCAAAGUACUUGCUCGAGGCCAACAAGAACGGCAUGGACUACCUCAACUUCAAGGACUACAUGAAUCAGGACGCACGACAGUUUAUCGAGCCUAAACGGUCAACAAGCUCUUCUCUGACUCGUGCACGGUCGAUCACCACCACGUCGAACCCAGACCAGGCAUCGUUUCGUGUAAUUCGCUCAGAGAAGCAGGAGAUCGAUUUCGACAAGAAACGCGAAUCGCCGUUUAUGCGUCGUGACAGUCUUGUGGCUCACCGUUCGGCGCCAGCUCCUCCUAUUCCAGAUUCUUCACCAAUAUCCAUGACGGGAAGUACGAAGUCUAGCCGCAAACCGCCUCCACCGCUCCCAGAAUCUCCUGAUAAGCUCAGCGGCGGCACUGUCACGAGAGCCAACACGAUCAAGCGGUCUCGGACCCAACGUGGCGGGUUUGAUCCGUUCAAAGAAAACGCAAUCACGUUUGAGAACGCUCCUGAACUAGAGGAAAGCGACGGCGACAGCGUGGAUUCUGACGAAGGUCUGUUUGCCAAAGCUCCGUCCAAAACAACCAACUCGGACACCCAGAGCGUCAAGGUGGCCACCAACAUCAGUUCUUCUUCGUCAGACUCGCUCUUGGAUAUCCGUCCUCCAGCAGAGGUUCUGUACGACAAUUUGGAGAUCUACUUCCCCAACACAGAUCUUGACAAGCUGAUCAUCGACGAGGUAGUUUCGCCGCCGGUUUCGCCGGUUGCUGAGGAGAAAGUGCCUGCCAAGGCAGACUAUUCGGGCCAUCUGAAACCACCAGAACCGUCAGGAAAGAUCCACCGCAUGAAGAGUAUCCGUAUCGUUGCACAGGAGGCCAAGAAAGAGGCCCAGCGCAAGGACAAAUACAGGUCGAGCAGUUUGUUAAGACGCACAAGCACCAAGAUGUGGGGACAGAAGGUGGUUGAGGUGACUCCUGGUAACCGUGCUAGCUACGUGAACAAGCUCAAGAACCACAAGGGCCAGUACAAAGAGUUUGCGUGGGUCAAGGGUGAACUCAUCGGUAUUGGAACGUUUGGCAAGGUGUACCUUGCAUUGAACGUCACCACCGGAGAAAUGAUUGCUGUGAAACAGACAGUGAUCUCCAAACGGUUCACGUCGCAACGGGAAACCAAGGAGAUCAUGGACACGUUCCGUGCAGAGGUUGACUCGUUGAAAGACCUGGAUCAUGUGAACAUAGUGCAAUACUUGGGCUUUGAGAAGAAAGACAAUAUCUACAGUGUUUUCCUGGAAUAUGUUUCCGGUGGAUCUGUUGGACAUCUGAUCAGACGGUACGGACGUUUUGACGAGGACCUGAUCAAGUUCCUGACCCGCCAGGUUCUCCAAGGACUCAGCUACAUCCAUUCCAAGGGUAUACUACACAGAGAUCUCAAGGCAGACAAUUUACUGUUGGAGAUGGACGGAAUUUGCAAGAUCAGCGACUUUGGUAUCAGCAAGAAGGCUAAGGAUAUCUAUGCGAAUGAGUCGGCGAUGUCGUUCCAAGGAACCAUUUUUUGGAUGGCUCCCGAGAUCAUCGACAACACCAGCCACAAGGGGUACAGUGCCAAGGUGGAUAUCUGGUCUCUGGGGUGUGUUGUUUUGGAGAUGUAUGCUGGAAAACGGCCGUGGUCGGACUUUGCGAUUGCCGGAGCCAUUUUCAAGCUUGGAGCCAAGUCUGCUCCUCCGAUCCCUGAAGAUACUCGCAAGAUGAUGAGCGAGACAGGCUCUGCUUUCCUGGACCAGUGUUUCCAGACAGAUCCCGACAGCCGGCCAACUGCGACCGAGUUGCUGCAGCACAAGUUCAGUGUGCGCGACCCGCGGUUCCAGUUCACAAAAACAGAGCUUGCGCGCAAGAUGAAGUUCGAAGACACCCAGGAAGAGAAGAAAGCCGACAUGAUGCUCCAGAGCAAGGCUGUGUAA